CGUGGCGAUUGGUCAAAAAAGAAACAAGAGCUGCUGUGUCACAAUUCUUCGGUCCCCGCAGAUGAAUCAUGGAGAGCACAGCAGCUUCGAUCCUAACUAGGGCGGUGGAAAUGGACAAGAAGGAGCAAUACACAUUAGCUUUGGUGCUGUAUCAAGAGGGCUUGCAGAUUUUGGUAGAUUCCAUGAAAGAGUUGAAAGAUCCAACUAAGAAGGAGCACUUCCGCUCGAAGGCCAAUGAGUAUUUCAAACGGGCUGAAGACGUUAAGAUAAUGAUAGGAAAGAAGAAAGCCGAGGGAAAAUAUAGGGAGCAGAUGAGAAUAGAAGCUGGGAGUGUGGGUCACGGGUACAAUAGUCUCUUCGGCAGGUUUCUGGAUGCCACCGUCACACACGUGCGGAUCGAGGACCCGUAUAUCAGAGCAUAUCACCAGUGCUUAAAUCUGGUCAGAUUAUGUGAACUAGCAGUUCAGAAAUGCACAUCCCUAUCAAGAGUCUCUCUUAUUACCACUCAAGAUCCUGAGGAUGGAAAAAAUCAGAUGAAACGUUUGGACGAGUUGAGACAGAGCUUGGCUGGCCGACUAGUGAAAUUUGAAGUUGAAUUUUCAGAUACACUCCAUGACAGACAAAUUUCAUUGAGUAACGGUUGGGUAAUAAAGAUCGGCCGAGGCCUAGACUACUUCAAGCCCCCAGAAGGUAAAUUCAUCCUCGGAGCCUGUGAUCUCGAGCUCCGACCGUGUCUGGAGACGACAAUCGACAUCUUCCACAAGAGCCACCUGGAAAAACCCUUCUAAUCCCCCCAGAACUCCAAUUCCUUUUAUCAUAAUUUUUUUAUUCUCCUAGAAUAUAUUUAUGGCACUAAACCUUUGAUGCAGUAUUUUAAUUCACCAAUUCAGUGUAAAAAACAAGAAUUCUUAAAAACAACAUCAAUAAUAUUAAAGCUAUUUACAACACAGAUCCAAAUAAAAAUCUAUUUUUAC